UCUAACACUGGUGUUUGCUGAAUUGUGAAAACUCGUGCAAAAUCUAACAUAAUUUUUAAUUUUAAGUACCAGUGUAUAUAUAAAAUAAUCUUAUCUUGCAGUGGUUAUUGUUAAAUUGUUUUGUUAUUUGGACAAAACCCCAGCUCUGACGUUAUCAACUGACAACAAUGAAAUUUAACAUUAAUGAUUGCGUAAUAGUCACACAUUUCGACCCAAAAGACGAGGUUAAAAUCAAAGCGAAGGGUCCAUUCAAGAAUAACACUGGCUCCAUCAUAACCUACCGAAAUGAGGAAACUGACGUAGCCCCUCAUAACAUCAGUUUCACGGUCCGCAUAAAAACGAUGGAUUUAGAAAUCAUUAAUUCAAAAGUACGAAAAAAAUUUUACGGAAAGAUUGUGAAAAUAGAAAACCACAAUAUAACAGUCCAAGAUUUGAAAAAUAACCAGACGACAUACGACGAAAAAUACAUACAUCUUGAUGAAAAUCGAUUUGCCGAAUGUGUAGUACCCAUUCCAUCAAACAUAAAUGAAAACAAAAACAAUGUGAAGCAUGAUGAAGGCAAAAAACUAAAAAAAAUAGUUGAAGUAAUCCAAAAAGAUAAAAAAACAAAGGAUUACAUAAACGAGGAAAUAAACCUGAUAGAGGAAAAACGAAACAUUAAUCAUUUUUCAGAUGGGGACGUAAGUGAAUGGGUUCGUCAAUUAGAAAAUAAAUAUCAAGAAGGACCGAAAGUGAGUGAUACAACUUCACCACAGUUAUCGUUAUUGCCACAAUUUACAGAUCCAAAUUUAUGGAUGGUGAAAUGUCGUAUUGGAGAAGAAAGAGCAACAGCUCUGCUUCUGAUGAGAAAAUGUUUAACUCGUCAGUUUACAAGCGAACCUAUUCAAAUUAAGUCUGUAGUGGCACCAGAUGGUGUAAAAGGAUAUGUUUACAUAGAAGCUUACAAACAACCUCACGUAAAAGCUGCCAUAGAAAAUGUUGGAAAUUUACGAAUGGGGCAUUGGAAACAGCAAAUGGUUCCAAUAAAAGAAAUGACUGAUGUUUUACGUGUUAUAAAAGAGCAAACUGGACUUAAAGCAAAACAGUGGGUUAGGCUUAAGAGAGGCAUUUACAAAGACGACAUUGCCCAAAUUGAUUAUGUGGAUUUGUCUCAAAAUCAAGUACAUCUUAAAUUACUACCGAGAAUCGAUUACACCAGACCCAGAGGUGCUCUAAGAACAGCUCAAAGUGAAAGUGAAGCAAUGAAAAGGAACAAGAAAAAAAGACCUGCUGCAAAACCAUUUGAUCCAGAAGCCAUCCGAUCUAUCGGUGGUGAAGUUACAAGUGACGAUGAUUUUUUAAUUUUCGAAGAGAGCCGAUACAGUCGCAAGGGAUUUUUGUACAAAAAUUUUACAAUGAGUGCAGUGCUCACAGAAGGUAUAAAACCCACUCUAUCAGAACUUGAAAAGUUUGAAGAAACCCCUGAGGGUGUCGACUUAGAACUUAGUGGAGCUCCAGUUACUGGUGUAUCGUCUGGUAAAGAUGAAGGUGCAGGAGCAUCGGGUCACAGUUUCAGCGCCGGUGAUAACGUCGAAGUUAAGGAGGGUGAAUUGAUGAAUUUACAAGGUAAAGUCGUAUCCGUCGAUGGAAACACGAUCACGGUCAUGCCGAAGCAUGAGGAGCUCACGGAAGCCUUGAUGUUCACCGAAUAUGAAUUAAAAAAAUCCUUCACCAUGGGCGAUCACGUUAAAGUUGUAGCAGGUCGAUACGAAGGAGACACCGGUUUUGUCCUGCAAGUUGAGCCGAAUCGAGUCGUGCUAUUUUCCGAUUUGUCCAUGCACGAGCUCGAGGUCUUACCCAGAGAUCUUCAGCUGUGCUCCGACAUGGCCACCGGCGUGGACAGUUUAGGUCAAUUCCAGUGGGGCGAUCUCGUACAACUAGAUCCACAAACCGUCGGCGUGAUCGUACGCUUGGAGCGCGAAAACUUUCACAUCUUGUCGAUGCACGGAAAAGUCGUCGAAGCCAGACCGCAAGGUCUUACCAAGAGAAAGGAGAACCGAAAUACAGUUGCGUUGGAUUCGCAACAAAACAGCAUCCACAAGAAAGACAUCGUCAAAGUGGUCGACGGACCCCAUUCCGGGAGAGGCGGCGAAAUCAAGCAUCUGUAUAGAAGUUUCGCGUUCCUGCACUCAAGAAUGUUCAUCGAUAACGGUGGUAUAUUUGUAUGUAAAACCUGCCAUCUGCAACUGGCCGGCGGAGGCAAACGGAACAAUGUCGUUUCCUCGGCGCAGGUCACCUGUGGCUUCAUGUCACCCAGAAUCACGUCGCCCAUGCAUCCUGCAGCUAGCGGCGGUGGAUCGACUCCCGGCGCUCGCGGUAGAGGCGGCAGAGGCGGACGAGGUCGUGGCGGACACAUCGGUGCUCGUCGCGAUCGCGACCUCAUCGGUUCUCAUAUUGCCAAUGUUGGAGUACCAACGAAGGAGGGCGGCUUCAGCAGCUACAGCCGUACCCCGUCCUACGGUGCAGGUGGACAAACGCCAAUGUACUCCGGGGGCAACAAAACUCCCAUGCACGGAGGAGCCACCCCUAUGUACGAGACUGGCUCGCGUACACCUCAUUACGGCUCGAUGACGCCCUCGCACGACGACGGAUCACGCACCCCCGGUCGUACCGGCGCCUGGGAUCCGACCGUCACCAACACCACGGCUCGCGACGAGAACUUCGACAACUACAGCAUGGAUGACGGUGGAGCGUCACCGGGCUACGUUCCCAACUAUCCGCAGUCAGGACCUUUCACACCCCAGAAACCUGGAACCAUGUACGGCAGUGAGCAAAGCUUCGGACCCUAUCAAACUAGCCCUAGUCCUGCUGCUAGCGCCAAUCCUAGCCCGAGCCAGGCAGCCUACAGCACCAGCACACCGUCACCGGCUGGAACAGGCUACAUCCCCACCGUAGCCCCGUUUUAUACUUCUGCCUCGCCGAUGAGCUUCAGUCCAAUGACACCUGGUGGAGCGGCUAGCCCGUACAAUCCGCAAACGCCCGGAUCCAGCAUGGGCGACUCGAAUCAGGCCUUUGUCUCCUACACUUCUGAUUGGCCGUCGGUCGAUCUCGAGGUCCGCGUGCGCGACGACUACUCUGACAAAGGAUUGGCCGGACAGCAGGGAUAUAUCACUGCUAUUACGGACGCUAUGGUGACCAUGUAUUUACCCUUCAAAGACAAAUCCGUUAAUAUGUAUUACGAUGCAAUCGAGCCUGUUGUGCCGUCGCGAAAUGAUCGCAUCCGUGUGAUUUUGGGGGGAAACCGCGACUCGACGGGUACACUUUUGGCAAUUGACGGUACCGAUGGAAUAAUAAAAUCUUCCAGCGGAGAAGUUGAAAUGUUGAAUCUUAGAUGCUUGUGUAAAGUACGUUCGAAUUAAGUGUAAGACGUUCAAUGUAAAUUACGCGUUGUAUUUUUAACAUAUAUUUUUAACUGGCCCAUAAAAUGUGUAUUCCAAUUCAAAAUGCGCAUUAUUCAGGUUGAAUCAUAAUUGUAACAUUUAUUUUAAUAACACAAUAAUU